GGGUUCCGGCAGAACAGCAGAAGUGACAAGUAAAAGUCGCACUAGACAGAUGAUACUUGAAUAACCUCAAGAGUGGACCUGUCUCCGGGAUAUCGCUUCUGAAGGAACUAACACCAUGCACACCUCUUUACUCCUCACAUCGCUUCUACUCUACCGCAUCACGAAUGCGCAAUCUCAAUCAAAUCUACAAUUAGACCCACAGCUAACGUGCCAGGAUGGAUACAUGCCAUCUCUCUCAUGCGCUGAACCGCUCCCAGUCGAAGAGCAGUGCUCCUGCACUUGUAGUGACGGAGCAAAGUUCAACCAAACUCGUCCUGACUUCACAGGCUCUAUCCCUAUCACCCCAAGCCUAGGGGACGGAGAAAAGAUGGAGGGCAAGCCAUGCACUACAGAUAUUAUCCAUCCGUGGAUAGAACUAUCGUUGCCUCGAAAUGCCAAUACGAUGGAGCCGAGCACGGUUUCGUCUAACACCAUCGAUAACCCGGAGGACAGCAUCUUGCUAGUAGCCGAUUCCAGACAGAGAUGCCAAAACUUUGUAGUGUAUAUCGACGAUGUACGUGUCGGAGUGACAUCUGGAGAAGGUGCGCUUGACGGCAGCUGGUGCGGGUCUGGAGAAGAAUGUAUUGAGAAGCAUGGAGGGAGCCAUGCGAACUUCAAACUCUUACAAGGACGACGCAAGAUUGGUCUUCAAUGGGUCGAUGUUCAGGAGGCAUCCGAUAAAUGCAGAGAAUAUCCUGAAGCAGUUGGAUCUUUCCAGGUGUACAAGCCCUGUGAUCGAAUGGUGUAGAAGUGCAUGCUAGGAAGGUCUUUGAAGCGUACAAAGGGGCCGCGGAUGUCAAACGCUGAAAUUUUGCCAAAAGACAUGUCGAUGUAUUGAUGGCAAACCCUCCCUCACUGUUUAUGCAAGUAUGUUAUAACCUUGACGCUUUAUGAGUGAGAGAUACAGCCUGCACAAGAAUU